UGCUCAUUUUGCGGAGGGGCUCCCCCAUUCAAAGGGCUUGUAGCCAGGCAGGCAGGAAGGCGUGCAAAUCGUCGGAGCGGCCAAAAACCAUCAGCGACGUAGUGUGUGAGCCAAAUGAUGGUCUCUCCCUGAAAAUACCAGGCCAGGUUAAACUGCGCUAUCAUUGUCAGCCAAUUCGACAUUUUACAUCCUCUCAACUAAUCAUCCUCUCAAGAAUGGGAUUUGAAUGUUUUAAGUGAAUACUGGAGGACCCCUCCUGUGCUCGACCAGCCGUGGAAAUAGACUUCCAAAUCGCCUGGUUCCUCGUCACUGCCGCAGAUCGGCCACCCUCCUCGACUCAUUUAACCCAGUCUGUCCGCAGACCACUGGCUCUGGUAUCUGGACACAUCGGAACUGGUCUAUCGUCGUUGUAGACAAGGAAACGUGCCCUUGUGUGCUUUUGCUGCCUGUAUAAUGCCGACACAUAUGCGGUUCCGGAGAAGGUCAUUCCUUGGGCUUUUAUUCCUUUUUUCACUAUCCACCUCCGCAUUGUAUUUCAUCUACUCCGCCCCCGGAAUCGUGAAUGAGUAUGUGUUCAUGGUCCAAGCCAGAGGGAUCCAGAUCAGAGAGAACGUGAAGAACAUUGGGGCUCAGGUUCUGGAGCAGGUGGUGAGAGGGGCUUACAGCAUCAAUGGCACAGAUUAUUCCUAUGACUUCAACAUGAGCGAGAGUGAAGCUCCUCCAACCACAUACCUGCCUGAGGACUUCACCUACCUCCCCUCGCAGGUUUGCCCUGAGAGACUGCCAUCCAUGAAGGGCAGGUUGGAGGUGAAUAUGAGUGAGGUAUCUUUGGAGGAGGUGGAGAGAUCCUUGCUGGAGGGAGAGCCUAACGUGGUCCCGGGAGGCUACUGGAAGCCCAAAGACUGUUUACCUCGCUGGAAGGUGGCAAUCCUAGUCCCAUUCAGAAACCGACAUGAACACUUACCCAUUCUCCUGAGACAUCUGGUGCCAGUGCUGCAGAGGCAGAGACUCCAGUUUGCCUUUUAUGUCAUAGAGCAGGGGGGCACGGAGCCAUUUAACCGAGCCAUGUUGUUCAACGUGGGCUACAAGGAGGCUAUGAGGGACCUGGACUGGGACUGUCUGAUCUUCCACGAUGUAGACCACAUCAUGGAGAACGACAGAAACUACUACGGCUGUACAGACAUGCCCCGACACUUUGCGGUCAAACUCGACAAGUACUCCUACAUGCUUCCGUAUAAUGAGUUCUUUGGUGGUGUCAGUGGCCUGACGGUGAAGCAGUUCAAAAAGAUUAAUGGAUUUCCUAAUGCAUUCUGGGGCUGGGGAGGAGAGGACGAUGACCUCUGGAACAGGGUGUGGUUUGCCAAUUACACAGUAAGUAGACCACAAGGACAGCAGGGACGCUACAUGUCAAUUCCACAUCACCAUCGCGGCGAAGUCCAGUUCCUGGGAAGGUAUAGUCUACUACGCCAUUCAAAGGAGAGACAAAAAGUGGAUGGUCUUAACAACCUAAACUACUCCCCCCUAGUGUCCAGGAGGCCUCUCUACACCAACAUCACAGUCAGCUUGAGCAGAAAGCUUGCACCCGUAGGUGACUACUGACGUAGGCACAGCUGGACUGCAAAACAUCUGGGAAUCAAAGUCCUCUGGGACAUCAGCCAUAUUUCACCAGUUGCAGCACUGCUUAGGACUUUUUAGUUGACUGAUUCUUUGCUCUUUUUUUUUUCUUUUGUUUGUAUGCAAAAAAAGGGGACUCAAAUAAGUAUGUUGGAUAAAUCAUAUAAGAAAUUGAGGUUAAAUGCUGCACUUGCUUGUGCCACAGUCCAUCACUCCUCUCAUCUGGGCUUAUCUAGUCUUCAGUCUCCACAUGCCUUUUGCACCAUUUUGGCCUUCAGCAUCCAUUCAUUCAUUCAUGUUCUUAUUCAGUCAAUGAUUAGCUCAGCCCUACACUAUUGUGCUUGUUUAUUAUAAUAGGCCAUGAUACACAUGCACAUUCAAGUGCGCGCACACGGCACACAUGCACACACACAACCGUUUGACUUACACGUGCUGGCAUGGUCCCUGAGGCUUUGAUUUUUACUUUGCUCUUGCACUUCUUAUUUCAGCAAAUGCAGUAAACCUGUGAAAACAUUUGCAUGCACACGCAACCACACAGCAACUAUAACCUAGUGGACUCUUGCAGCUGGUUCUGCAGAAGGUAUGCCAAAUCUACAAGUGAAGACAGCCAGAGAAAAUAAUAUAAAGAGUGAGUGUUUCCAGUCAUGUAUACUGUAUGUGAAAUAGUUUAUCCUAAGUUUAGAGCAUAUUAAUACCUUAAUCAUCUCUUACCAACUAUAUUUUGUCCUGUGAACAUACCAUUUAAAGACUGUAAUGUUUGUGUUUGCAUAGAUGCAUUGGAUGUUCUGGCUGCCUGCAAGUGGCUGUAUGUUGGAGAGCAAUGCUCAUCCUGUUAGCAAUAAGCUGUAAUAUCAGACAGCAGAACUUAGACCUGACUUCCUCACUAUACAGAUGCAAUAGCGCGGGUGCUAGCAUACCCUUAUUGGACUACAGAGAAGGAGUGACUGCUGUAUGCAAACUUCACAUACAACACACCUUUGCCUAAGCAAACACGCCACCCUUUUCAGAACCUGUGCGUGUCUGUGUGUGUAUAAGUGAGGGAGAGCUAUGCAAAUGGCCUGUAUGUAUCCUGUUGUCAGUGCAAGGUCUUCAGGGUGACCUCCAGGAGACUUCACCCCCUGAAAACUGUGACAGACUGACUUUAGACCUCACUUUGUGUGCGCCGUGUAAGUCCAGGCCAGGGAAAGAUAAACAUUUGCCGUUUUAUUUUUAGAUCCCACAUCCUUAAUGUUUACUCACCUUCAUUUUUUACGGGAGAUAAUUGGAGGUAGCGAAUACUUGAUUGCUGUCACUGUCACUGGUGUUUACAGAAGCUUUUGCUUUGUUAUUUUUCCGAUUGUAUAGUGUUUGUAAUACUGUUAGCCAGCCCUCCUCCACUGUGGUUGUUGUGAAAACUAUAUCUCUACAACAACCAAUCUAUGGCUGCCUUUAUUUUUUUAACUGACACUUCUUUACCUAGACGUGGAUAGGGAAAAGCAGAUUUGAAUGCUGAUCUAAGACGAUUGAUUAGCUUUGUUAGCUUGUGGCCAGACUUUGGCCAGUGAGUUUCUUUGCGUUGGUUUAAGUAGAGUUUUUGUUUGGUGGCAAGCAGCUUAGCACUGUGCAGUGACACAGACUGGCAGUACACAGCUGUUGCUAAAAGGUCCCUUCUCUGAUUUGUGUGAUUGACAGUGUUGAUUUUGAGUAAAAUAUCCCAAUACUGUAAACAUUAUUACUUUUAAAAAAAACAUUCAGACACUUUCUCCUCACUGUCUGUCCUCUAGUCAUGCAGCUACUUCAUUUCACACAAAACGCCUUGUAUGCAUUUCUUAAGAUGUAUCUUUUGGGGGAAAUGUGGGUGGUUGACAAAUUGUGUAUGUUUCCACAAUGAAGUAAAGAGGCUGGACCUCAUUUUAUUUAUUUGAUCUUUUAUGGAUUAUUUUCUGUAAUUGUUCAGUUUUUAUUUUUCUUGCAGUUGAUGUGAUGAUUUAGUAGGUGACAUAUGACAGACUGUGUUAGAUGCACUGAAACUUGUAGUUAUGUGUAUUUGUGUGGGAUUGUGAGGUUCAGGUCUGUGUAAACAGGGAGCUGUUCCAUUUCGUUCAGACGCAGAUUCUCUCUUCAGAAAUGACAUGAAUAGCUGGUUUUGAUGAAAUGGAACGGGAACCCUAGCCUGGUAUGUAUUAAUCCGCUAAACAGACACGUUGGAGGAGGCCAUUUUGUGUGACAACCACAGGAAGAGCAAGACACCUAAUCAGAAAAUGCUAUUGGUCACUGUCUUUCACUGGGCACCUCCUUUAUACUAAUUGAUAAUCAAUGGUGCUGACCUUCCAGAGCUCCCUUUGAUGGAGUCUCUCUCUACAUGCUUACUGGAACCAAUCCUAACAUCAUAAAUGCUAGUAUCAAAAGGCAAAACAUCCCUCUAACUUUUCACCUCUGUAAUUUAAUUCCAACCUGCAUGUGAGUGGCGUAGAUAUUCUGCGUUUUUUUACAUCCAUAGAUUUGUAAACCUGUUGCCUUUCCAUCCUGCCAGGUGAAGCUAAUUCGUGUAUUGUUGUUCUGGUUCAUUGCCACAAACACUUAAGCACGUGUUUACCUCCUAGCCAAUCACACAGGAGGUGCCCAGUGGAAGUCAUUGACAGUAGCAGCAUUUGUGUUAAGUUUUCUUUUCCACGUGUGUUUGAGUGAAAUGGCUAAACCUUUCACAGGUCUAACUGUCCUCCAUUUAGAUUUUGAAGUUUUUGUUUUUCAUUUUGUUUUACAGCACUGAUAAGAAAAUGAUCUAUAGUGCCCUGGUCUUGAAUAACUCACAGGUCACAUGUUCUUUUCUAAUUACAUGAUACACUGUAUAUUAUCUUUUAUUAUUUUUUAUUUUCAUUGCUUUAAAUUAAAAGCUAGAUGGACAUAUA